AUGAGAACUGACACAAGGGAAAAAUAUUCUGAUCUUAAUGAAUGUGGGAAAUGCUGUGACAAAGCCACCAUUGUGGAGUACAAUAAAGUUCACAUGGCUAUGACACACCAUAAAUUUAAUGAAAGUGAGAUUAAUUUCAGUGAAAAGUCAUCCCUCAUUCAGUCUCAGAGAACUGUUACAGAACAGAGUGCAUUGGAAAGCAGUAAAUGUGAAGACAACUUUAGCCAGAGCUCAGCUCAUAUGGUACCUCAGAAAACACAAACUGGAAGAGAGAAAUUCUGUGAAUAUAAUGGAUGCACAAAUAUCUUCUACCAGAAAUUAGACCUUACAAUACAUCAGAGAACUCAUACAGAAGAGCAGUUCUGCUGUUCUGGUGAAUAUGGGAGAUGCAGGAAAUCCUUUCACCAGAAAGGACACCUCAUUUGGUAUCAGAGGACCCACUCAGGGGAGAAACUUCAAUAUGAAGAA